AUGACCCCAACGUCGUCGAACUUGUCAGGGCUGUACCUCGAGCGCGACGGCUACCGCGUCCUGACGGCCGGCGACGGCGCCACGGGCCUUUCCCUGGCCCGCCAGGAGCGACCCGAUCUGGUCGUGCUGGAUCUCAUGCUUCCCCUCCUGAACGGCCUCGACGUCUGCCGCGCUCUUCGGGAGGAAUCCGCCGUCCCGAUAAUCAUGCUCACGGCCCGCGUCGAGGAGGAAGACCGGCUGGGCGGACUCGACCUCGGUGCCGAUGACUACGUUACCAAGCCCUUCAGCCCCCGCGAACUGGCGGCGCGGGUCCGGGCAGUGCUCCGCCGCGCCGCACGCGACAACCCGGCGGACGAGCCGCAGAUGCUCACCGUCGGCCCCGUCGAACUCGAUCGGCAAUACCGGCGCGUCAGGGUGAACGGCGCCGAGCUGCGAUUGACGCCCACCGAGUUUCGUCUGCUGGCCCUGUUGAUGCGCCGGCCCGGUCGCAUUUUCACCCGCGACGAGAUCAUCGACCGCGUCCUGGGCGACGACUACGACGGGUUCGACCGCACCGUCGACGCCCACGUCUCCAGUCUCAGGCGCAAGCUGUCCGCCGCGCCUGGCGGCAGCUCCCGGCUGAUCCGCACGGUCUACGGCAGCGGCUACCGGCUCGAUCACCCAACUGGUGUUCCCUCCACCACGGGGUGA